CGGAGGGUGGUGGGGGCGACCAGGGCCCACAGCCCCGGGGCCUGGUGAGACCGCGUCAGCUGGGAUUCAAUCUCUGCCCUGCCGGGUGCCGGUCGCCUUCCCCUGGCGCUCACUUUGUGCCUGGCCCCGGGCUGGGUGUCUCACGGCCGUCGCCGGUUCGAUCCCUCCUUUCAGCACUGCGGUGGGUAUUAUCAUCCUCUUUCCCACAAGCGCAGGGAGUUCGAGUGACGUGGCCAAGAUCUUUCGUUAGCACAGUAUUUUGCGGAUUAGCAAGCGCUUUCAUGCCUAUUCUACAAACACCUUCAUGUUAGAGACAUUUUCAGAGAUGUCUUCCAGAAAUCCCAAAGAUUUAAUUAAAAGUAAAUGGGGACCAAAGCCUAGUAACUCCAAAUCAGAAACUGCAUUAGAAAAAUUUAGGGGAGAAAUCGCAGCCUUAAAAACAUCAGUGGAUGAAAUCACAAGCGGAAAAGGAAAGCUGACUGAUAAGGACAAACACAGACUUUGGGAGAAAAUUCGAGUCCUUGAAGCUGAGAGAGAGAAGAAUGUUUAUCACCUCACAGAGAAGGACAAAGAAAUACAGCGACUCAGAGGCCAGCUGAAAGCCAAACACAGCACUACUGCGUUACUUGAACAGCUAGAAGAGAAAACAAAGGAAGGUGAAAGGAGGGAGCAGCUGUUGAAAUCCUUGUCUGAGGAGACAGAUGUAUUGAAAAAACAGUUGUCUGCUACAACUUCAAGACUUGCUGAACUUGAAGGCAAAGCCAGUUCACUUCGUUUAUCACAGACUGUGGCUACAAGUUGCUUUAAUUCAUCAGCGAGUAAUAUUCAUGAAAUGGAAAUACAGCUGAAAGAUGCUCUGGAGAAAAAUCAGCAAUGGCUUGUGUAUGAUCAGCAGCGAGAGGUCUACGUAAAAGGACUUUUAGCAAAGAUCUUUGAGUUGGAACAGAAAUUAGAAACAGCUGCUCAUGCACUCCCACAACAGACAAAAAAGACUGAAUCAGAAGGUUAUCUUCAAGAAGAAAAGCAAAAAUAUAACAACCAUCUCUUGGCAAAUGCAAAAAAAGAUCUUGAGGUGGAAAGACAAACCAUAACUCAGUUGAAUUUUGAACUUAGUGAAUUUCGAAGAAAAUAUGAAGAAACCCAAAAAGAAGUGCAAGAUUUAAAUCAACUGUUGUGUUCACAAAGAAAGGCAGAUGUACAGCAUCUGGAAGACGAUAGGCAUAAAACAGAGAAAAUACAGAGGCUCAAAGAAGAGAAUGAUCUUGCCAGGGAAAAACUUGAAGAAGAGAAGAAGAGAUCUGAAGAGCUCUUAUCUCAGGUCCAGUUUCUUUACACAUCUCUGUUGAAGCAGCAAGAGGAACAAACAAAGGUAGCUCUGUUGGAACAACAGAUGCAGGCAUGUACUUUAGAUUUUGAAAAUGAAAAACUUGACCGUCAAAAUAUGCAGCAUCAAUUGCAUGUAAUUCUCAAGGAGCUCCGAAAAGCAAGAAAUCAAAUAACACAGUUGGAAUCCUUGAAGCAGCUUCGUGAGUUUGCCUUCACAGAGCCAUUAGUCACUUUCCAAGGAGAGACUGAAAACAAAGGAAAAGUUGCCUCACCAAAAAGUCCCACUGCUGCACUAAAUGAAAGCCUGGUGGAAUGUCCCAAGUGCAAUAUCCAGUAUCCAGCCACUGAACAUCGAGAUCUACUUGUCCACGUUGAAUACUGUUCCAAGUAGCAAAAUAAUUAUUCUUUGUUUUUGUCAAAAGAUUCAGUACUGUAUCUUAUGUUAGCUUAUGGACAUUUUGAAUUACUUAUUUCACCUCAGAUCAGAAACUGCCUAUCUACCUUUGAGACUCUGACAUAGGAGUGAAUCAUUGUAUUUUUUUUUUUUUUUUCUUUUUUUGCCUGCUUUGCAUUUCCUUGGCAAUGGUACCUCCCUGCGAUGGUUCAUUUUGAGGCUUCAGUGACAGAAUGUGAGAGCAUUGAAUGCUGGGACGACCAACAUUUUACACUGUUAAAGUACUUGAUGGAGAAAAGAUAGUUCCGGUUAUUGCUUGUGGGUCAGAUCUGUUACACCAACAAGCAAAUAUUUUAUGUUUUGUGGAUUUUUAAAAAUCAAAGGUAAUUAACCAGGGAUCUUAUUGUGUUAGUAUUUUUUAAUCCAAGCACUUAGUAUGCCUGCAAUUCAGAUUUUGAUGUCCAUUGUGAAAAGAUGGUGAUACUUUUUUCAUUUUUUUUUCCUUUCUACGAUAGAGUGGUUAUUAGAAAAGUUGGGGAUUUUCUUGAUCUUUAUUGCUGCUUACUGUUGAAACUGUAAACCUAGCUGUGUUCUAAGCACAAAGCAGACUAUUUAAGGAAUACUCCUUACUAGCCACACACAGUGUUUUCUGUAAUGUUAACUGGCUAUAACUUUAACUUGAAUUUCAUUAGCACACGUUGGUUAGCUAGAAUUGUUAAAAUGAAUUUUAACAAAACCACCUAGCCCUCUCUUGAUUUGCAGAUGUUUUAUUUAUUUAUUUUUGGCACUCUUAAAAGCUGGGCAAUGUCAUGAGCAGAUAUUUGCUUAUCUGAAUAUGUAUUUUUAUACAUGUGUGUGUAAACCAACGUAUUUUUUUAUUUCUUCAGAUUUUCUAAAAUGCUUAACA